GUCGGUGUUUGACCACCAGGAGCGCCACGCGCACAAGUGUCCACAGGAUCAACCGAUUCGAUCCGCUGUCAUAAGCAACUGUCCGGUAAACUGACCGAAUAACGACGUCUACGGAUAUUCAUUGACAUGCAUUAACGGCCUGGGAUGAACGGCUGAUUCUCUCUACUCUGAAUACACAAAACAAAUCUUCACGAUGUCUGUCGUCGGGGGACUGAACAGCGACGCUGACGACAACAAACUGGUCAGACCAAAGCUGGAGUUCAGGACGUUGCUGCACCACGCAGGAGCGAUUCAGGAGGUGUUCACCAUGAAGGAGGUGAUGUUCUACCUGGGCCAAUACAUCAUCCUGAAGCAGCUGUACGACCAGAAGCAGCAGCACAUCGUCCACUGCUCCCAGGAUGCACUGGGGCGGGUUCUGGGGGUCGACAGCUUCUCUGUUAAAGAACCACGGGUUCUGUUCGCGAUGAUCAGCAAGAACCUGGUGGCCGUGAAGAGCCAAGAAGCGGCUGCGAGCUCGAGUGAAGCGACGAGCGCGUCCCAGACCGAGGAGGCUGCUUCAGAACGCCACUCGCCAGAAAGGAGGAGCCGGAGGAGGAGGAGGAGGAGCAGGAGGAGCCUCAGGAGCAGCAGCGAAUCAGCUGGCUCCUCACGGCCCUCAGACUCUUUAGAGGGAGACAAAAAGGAGUCCGAGGAGGAGUCGGGGGAGGAAGACGAUGAGGAAGACGGCGAGGUGGAAGGCAGGAAGAGGAGGAGGUCCGACAGCUACUCGCUGACCUUCGAUGAGAGCCUGUCGUGGUGCGUCAUCGGAGGCCUGCCGAGCGUCCGGGACCGACACAGCAGCCAAUCAUCAGACUCCCACAGCACGUCCGGGAGGUCAGAGGUCACCGCCGCGGCGUCGGACUCUGACAGCGAUCACUUCAGUGUGGAGUUCGAGGUGGAGUCGGUCGACUCGGACGACUACGACGAAGACGACGCGUCGCUCUCUGCGGACGACCAGAUCUACGAGGUGACCAUUUUUGAGGACAACGACUCCUUUGACGAGGACACGGAGAUCACCGAAGCCGACUACUGGCGCUGUGCCAAGUGUGAGGAGCUGAACCCGCCUCUCCCCAGGAACUGCCUCCGCUGCUGGGAGCUUCGCCAGGAUUGGCUGUGCGAGGUGUCCCCCGACGUAACAAAGCCCGCCUCCUCCAGCCCUAAAGCCUUGGCCCCGAAGCCAACCGGCCAAUCGGCAGCCAAAGACACUCAAGGUUCCGAUGUCGAGGACAACGACGGAGUAGACGUCCCGGACGGGAAAAGAGUUAAAACUCCUCCCCCUCCUCCGUGCCACUCUGACUCCUCCCAGCCGUCCUCCACGGACUCCCAGGAGUCCUGCCCCCCCCCUCGAGCCGCCGCGGCGUGGCAGCUGCCCGAGUCGUGUCUGGACCCGUGUCUCAUCUGCCAGUCGCGGCCCAAGAACGGCUGCAUCGUGCACGGGCGCACGGGUCACCUGAUGUGCUGCUACGUCUGCGCCCGCAAGCUGAAGAAGAGGAACAAGCUGUGUCCGGUGUGCCGGCUGCCCAUCGACUCGGUGGUGCUCACCUACGUCUGCUGACCACCACGCCGCCAGCGUCACUUCCACAUCCCUCCAAAUAAAUCAUUUAAAAGACAAUUUUCUCCUUUAUCUUAAAGACAAAUCUAUUUAAGUUUACCUUUUUAUCUCAUGUAGUCCCAUCAUUAAAUUCCCAAGAGGAUGCGUUAAAAAAAGCAUCAUUUAAACAUGCAGUAAUGCGUCAAUAAUUAUAUAAACAUUUGAAAGAAUAUUCUAAUAGGAAAUACUUUCCAGCCACAUAAAAUGUUACUUGUUUAACUUUUCCAUACAUGACAUUUCUGUAAAAUAUUCAGAUAUGAUGGACCAUAAAGCGUUAAAUUGUCUUUAAUUUUAUAUGGAAAGAAAACUGUACAAACUUGUGAAGCUUAAGUUUUGAAAUUACAGCCUGAGAUCCUCUUAUUUAUUUCAUGUAUAUUUAAGCAGAGACUUUUGAGCUUUUUCAGCGAUAAAUGAAUGAGACUUGAAAUGUUUUUUAUAGUCGCUGUUGCCAAAUAAAGUAACUUGUGACCUA